AUGUCUGAAGCCGCCCCAGCUCCCGCCGCCGCACCUGCGGUAGAAAGCGCCUACAAGAAGAAGCAGCCCAAGAAAGCAGCCGGUGUCAAGAAAGCCGCUAAGCCCUCCGGUCCUAGCGUGUCCGAGCUCAUUGUCAAAGCUGUGUCCGCUUCUAAAGAGCGCAGCGGGGUGUCCCUGGCAGCUCUGAAGAAGGCUUUGGCUGCUUCUGGUUAUGAUGUGGAAAAGAAUAACAGCCGCCUCAAGCUGGCUCUCAAGGGCUUGGUGACUAAAAGCACUCUCGUCCAGGUCAAAGGAAGCGGAGCUUCCGGCUCCUUCAAGCUCAACAAAAAGCAAUCGGAGAGCAAGGACAAGGCUACCAAGAAAAAGGCACCGGCUAAAGUCAAGAAGCCUGCCCCGAAGAAAGCCACCAAGUCUCCAGCCAAACCUAAGAAGGUAGCUGCAAAGAGCCCGAAAAAGGCCAAAAAGCCGGCCGCCUCCGCUAAAAAGGCCACCAAAAGUCCGAAGAAAGUCAAAGCCGCCAAGCCCAAGAAGGUAGUGAAAAGCCCGGCUAAGAAGACCGUGAAGAGCCCUGCCAAAAAGGCAGCCAAACCCAAAGCCGCAAAGAAUGGCAAGAAGCGUAGAAAGAGCAGGAAGGAGAGCUAUGCCAUCUACGUGUACAAGGUGCUGAAGCAGGUCCAUCCCGACACCGGCAUCUCCUCCAAGGCAAUGGGGAUCAUGAACUCCUUUGUCAAUGAUAUCUUUGAGCGCAUCGCAGGAGAAGCUUCUCGCCUGGCUCACUACAACAAGCGCUCCACCAUCACCUCCCGGGAGAUCCAGACUGCCGUGCGCCUGCUACUACCCGGAGAGCUGGCAAAGCACGCCGUGUCUGAGGGCACCAAGGCUGUCACAAAGUACACCAGCGCCAAGUAA